UGUUUGUCAUUAUUUAAUUUACAUUACAUAAUAAGGGAAUGUGAAAACAAAAGAAGGAAAGAGGUAGGCGUGGAAGCAGAAGAUAUCUCGUUGAAUCAGACUCGUUAACGGAUUUUGUUGCUUUCAUCCACACGUAUUUCUUUCUCAAAUCCUGUUCCCAAUAAUAAUCACUUAUUUUAUCGAUUUUCCUUUGUUUUUAAUUUUAAUUAAACCUUAAAUAAGAUUAAUGAGAAACACCCUUCCUUAGAUAAUCUCUGCCAUGAUCUCAAUCACAAAUCACCCACUUCUAAUCCUUUUAUUAAUCUUUCUCCCAAUAAUCAAAGGUCAAGUAAAUUACCAGAAAUGCCACCAAUCAUGCGGUUCAACCAAACCCUUCCCUUACCCUUUCGGUUUCUCUUCCGGUUGUUCAAUUCGCUUAAACUGCACUCCCGACGGCGAAAUCUUCAUCGGCGAAUUUCCAGUUCAAUCGGUAAACUCAAACAGCAUAACAGUAAACAUCAAAGCACAAUGCAAUCGUCCAUUUGAAAAAUUCCACCAACUCUUCAGCCACAAAUACGCACCAACUUCGGGUAACGUGAUUCUCUUACAGAACUGUACAGAAACUCUAAUACCGUGUUCGAUACCGGAGGCCCUGCUUCCGAGUCACUUUGAAUCUCAAUCUAACGGUUGCGGCGGCGGCGGCGGUAAAUUGAGUUGCUACUUUGAAAACAACACGAGAAGUUUUGUGAAUGAGAAAAAAUUGGAUCGAAUUGGAUGUGAAUUCUUCAUGUCGUCGAUUUCGUCUGAAGAUUUGACAAAUAAUUCGGAUGCGGCGGUUUCUUUGGAAGUAGCUACGAUUGAGCUUGGAUGGUGGAUUCAUGGAGAUCAGUGUCUUUGUUCUGAUCAUGCUAAUUGUACUCAAAUUGAAUCGCCGAUUGAUGGAAAGCCUGGGUUUCGGUGUAGCUGUAAUGAUGGGUUCGUCGGCGAUGGUUUUUUGGCCGGAGUAGGCUGCCGGAAAGCCUCAUCAACAUGCAACCCAAAAAAAUACAUGUCCGGAAGAUGUGGAGGAACAGCAAGAUUUAUUGUCUUAAUUGGAGGAUUUGUUUUGGGUGCUUCACUGAUGGUUACUCUAGGUUCAGUAUGUUGUUUCUUUCGCCGACGCACCAAAUUAAGAGUCACAAAGAGCACAAAAAGACGCUUCACCGAAACUACUAACAAUUACAGUGUGCCUAUCUAUUCCUACAAAGACAUUGAGAGAGCCACACAUAGUUUCUCAGAGAAACAAAGGUUAGGAACCGGAGCAUACGGUACGGUUUAUGCUGGGAAACUUUACAACGAUGAAUAUGUUGCUAUCAAAAGAAUAAAACACAGAGACAAUGAAAGCAUUGAACAAGUCAUGAAUGAGAUCAAGCUCAUUUCCUCUGUUAGCCACCCCAAUUUAGUACGCUUAUUGGGUUGUUCCAUUGAGUAUGGAGAGCAAAUUUUGGUGUAUGAGUUCAUGCCAAAUGGAACAUUGAGUCAGCAUUUGCAAAGAGAGAGAGGAAACGGGCUUUCAUGGCCUGUUAGACUCAAAAUUGCCACAGAAACAGCCCAAGCCAUAUCACAUCUUCAUUCAGAAAUUAAUCCACCUAUUUACCAUAGAGAUAUCAAAUCAAGUAACAUACUUUUGGACAACAAUUUUGGUUCCAAAGUAGCAGAUUUUGGGCUAUCAAGAUUAGGAAUAUUAACUGAAAUAUCUCAUGUUUCAACUGCACCACAAGGAACACCUGGCUAUGUUGACCCACAAUACCAUCAAGACUUUCACCUUUCAGAUAAAAGCGAUGUAUAUAGCUUUGGUGUGGUUCUUGUUGAGAUCAUUACAGGACUAAAAGUAGUUGACUUUUCACGUCCUCAUAAUGAAGUGAAUUUGGCUUCUCUUUUUAUUGAUAAGAUCAGAAAAGGGCUUUUGGUUGAUAUUAUAGACCCAAUAUUUCUUGAUCCCCAAGUAACCAAUGAUGAGUGGACACUUUCUUCUAUACACAAAGUUGCUGAGGUGGCAUUUACAUGCCUUGCAUUUCAUAGGGAUAUGAGACCUUGUAUGACAGAAGUGGCAACUGAAUUAGAGCAACUAAGGUUGAGUAAGUGGAAAUCUGUUGAUGAAAACAAUUGUUUUGUUUCAAUAGAGUUGUCUUCUUGCUCUUCUUCUUCUAGUGAAAGUGAGAAACCAUUGAGCAAUACCACAUUGAAGAACGUUGGGCCUAAGGGUAAAGGCCUUAUUAAGCUGGAUACUGGGCCUGUUUCUUUGAAGUCAGUUGAUAGGCUCAAUAGUAGCUCGCCGGUUUCGGUACAAGACCCAGACCCGUGGUUUAGUCAGCAGAGCUCGCCCUCCAAUAGUUUUCCCAGUAAGAUAUUUGAUCAUGGAUCUGUUUCAUGAGGUCAAGCUAGUUUAUACUACUAGAUAUAUAAGCUUUUAUUUAUAUUUUGUAACCAAGCUUAUCUCACUAUAUAGUAUAUACUGGUUUUUAUGAUAUGCAACAUCAAAAUAGAAUUUACUUUUUUUUU